UGUUUCGCCAAGUACGCCUUUAGAAAUUGUACAUUCUCCAAAUUUCCAUUAACGCUAUAAAUGUCCAGUGUGAAGCCAAAUUCAUGAAAAAAUGAAAAAUACUUAAAAAUUGCCGAAUGCAUUGUUUUUCAUCUAUUAUUUAAAUAAUCAUGAGCGAUACGUCGUAUUAGCUUUCAUAAUUGCAUCAGCUGAUUAUUUUAUUAAAGUCCAAAGAAAAAAAAAAAAACAAAAUAGCGUAUCGCCGCAAAUAGUGUUUCAUAAAAUUAUUUUCUACUUCAUUUUUUCGAAAACGAAGAAAAGGAAAAUGUCCAAAAACGCACCUAGUUUCUUCAAACGUUAUUUGGUGACAAUUGUAAUGGUUCCUGCAAUUGUCGGUCUUCACUUUGGAUGGAGUUUAAUGCAGAAAAAUCGUUCAUUAGUACGUGAAGAUGAAGAAAUUGAAUUGCCGGUCAUAAUACUUACCAAAUAUAUCUGGAGAAAAUUAAGCGAUAGUGUUGGCAAUUCAUCAUCACCACAGCAGACACAGUCGAGCACUAGAACUGCAGCUGUGGAAAAACCUUAAAAAAAAAAAAAAUUUAUAAUUUUUUUUUGGGUUUUCUUUCGAAAUGAAUAAAACAUUUCACAAAU